CUUCUACAUUAAAUAUGUGAGAUAUUUCAACAACAAACUUAUAUUAUUUCAUUAUUUCUCAAACUUACUAGUAAAAUUAUUCAAAAAUUUUGAGAAAAAAAAUAUAUUUUUUAAAAAAUGGCUCAAGCAAUGUUGCUAAUGAUGCCCGGUGUUUCAACCACUAAUACAAUUGACUUAAAGAGAAAUGCAUUGCUUAAACUCCAAAUCCAAAAGAUUAAGCCUAAAUCUUCUACUUCUAAUCUCUUCUUUUCUCCUCUUCCUUCAUCAUCUUCUUCUUCUUCAACUGUUUUUAAGACUCUUGCUCUCUUUAAGUCCAAAGCCAAAGCUCCCAAGAAGGUUGAAAAGCCAAAGCUUAAAGUUGAAGAUGGGUUGUUUGGAACAUCCGGAGGAAUUGGGUUUACCAAGGAGAAUGAACUCUUUGUGGGUCGUGUUGCUAUGAUUGGAUUUGCUGCAUCAUUGCUAGGAGAAGGUAUUACAGGAAAGGGAAUUUUGUCUCAACUUAACUUAGAAACUGGAAUUCCAAUCUAUGAAGCAGAACCUCUUUUACUAUUCUUCAUCUUGUUUACCUUGCUUGGGGCAAUUGGAGCUCUAGGAGAUAGAGGAAGGUUUGUGGAUGAGCCUACCACUGGACUUGAGAAGGCUGUUAUUCCACCUGGAAAAGAUGUUAGAUCAGCUUUAGGUCUUAAGACCAAAGGUCCUCUUUUUGGAUUUACAAAAUCCAAUGAGCUAUUUGUGGGAAGAUUGGCACAACUAGGGUUUGCAUUCUCUUUAAUAGGAGAAAUCAUAACAGGAAAGGGAGCACUAGCACAACUCAACAUAGAGACCGGUGUUCCAAUCAAUGAGAUCGAACCGUUGGUUUUGUUAAACGUUGUGUUCUUCUUCAUUGCCGCAAUUAACCCAGGAACGGGUAAAUUUAUCACUGAUGAUGAAGAAGAAGAUUAGGGUUUAGAUUAGCUUAUAUAGCUUUUUUAUUGUUCUCAACAUAUUGUGUAAUUGCAAUACUUUUAAGUAGGUAUGUAUGUAUUCAUAACCGUGAAAUUUAUGAAUGGUUUGAUCUCCUAAAACAAA